AUGAUAGUCCACGCGCGAAGGAGCACUUCUUCUGCCAGCAGUGCGGGAAGGCGUAUCGACGACCAAGCAUUACUUUCAAGCAAUCACGUGAAAACGCACACCGGAGAAAGCCCGUUCCGCUGCCAGCAGUGUGGAAAUAUUUCAGCUCAGAAAGAAAGCCUGAAGCUCCACAGUUUCGCCCAGAAAUCCGUCCUGGACUUCCACGUGAACAUUCACACGGGAGAGCGAUCGUUCCCCUGCCAGCAGUGCGGGAAGAGAUUCACCCGGAAGCAGAGUCUGGGAGUCCACAGGAGACUCCACACCGGAGAGAAGCCUUACACGUGCCCUCAGUGUGGGAAGAGCUUCACCUAUAAAGUCACGCUGGACAGCCACUUGAGAGCGAUCACACGGGACAGAAGCCCUUGGCGUCGCGAUCAGUGCGGGAAGAGCUUCACCACGUCUCUGAACUUCCAGUGCCACAAGAACAGUCACGCCGGGGUCAAGCCGUUCGCCUGUCACGAGUGCGGCAAGAGCUUCAGCCAUAAAAACACCCUCUACGUUCACAAGAGGAUUCACACGGGAGCGAGGCCGUACACCUGCCAGUGCGGGAAGAGCUUCACGCAGAAGGGAAACCUGGAGAAACACACCCGGACUCACACGGGAGAGAAGUCCACGCCACGGAAGUCAGCUCCGCUGGCACCCUGCGGCCGAAAGCGAUCCGCGCCUCCUGAGGACUCCUGA